AUGGAUAAAUCAUCGCAUAUACGUGGCUCAAAAGAUCCAAAUACUGCAGACACGAAUUUGGAAACGCCACAAUUAUAUCAAACAAUUGUCAAUAUUCCAAAUGAACCAACGUUGACUCCCACAACAUCCAUAUAUACAAAUACGGUACAAACGCAUACACAACCACCACCCUCAAAGUAUAUAACAACACGACCUCAACCUAUACAGCAUCCAAGUUCUUCAGUACCUACUCAAAACGUCAAACUCGCAUCUAUUCAAAACGUCAAACCCGAAUCUACUCGAAACGUCAAACUCUCUUUGGAUGAUGACAAACCAGUACUCACUAGGCUUUGUAAAAUCUGUCAAGAAUCGGAUUUCAUAGAGGAUGAAGAAGGUCCUUACGUAAAGGGCAAAUUAAUAUCACCAUGUAAAUGUACAGGCUCUAUGCAAUAUGUUCACAUUGGAUGUUUGAACCAAUGGCGAAUAUCUUCAGCUCGAGAGGAUUCAUCGUAUCGAUGUGAAAUUUGUAAAUAUGAAUACAAAUUUUAUCGACCAACCUUUGCAAAACUAAUUGCUAGUCCUAUUUUUUUACAUCUGGUAACUAUAGGAAUAUUUUUAUUUGUCGUUUAUGGUGUUUCAUGGAUAGUGAAAUCGAUUGAUAUUAGAAUUAACAAAGGUCAACCUAAUAAUGGUAAAUCAUGGGCAGAUACUCCAAUAUUAAGCCUUAAAUUAGUUCAUCUCAUUUGUGGAAUAUGCAUAGUCUCAAUUUUGAGUUUAUGUUUUAUGGCGUUUUAUUCUUGUUGUAAGGGAUAUCAUGAUACAAGAGAUACUUAUUGCUAUUGUGGCGGGUGCAAUUGCUUUACUCCUUGGUGUUUUUUUGGUUUUCCUGAUUCAAAUGAUUUAAGUGCUAUUAUAUUGGUGAUAUGUAUAUUAAUGUUUGCAAUCAUGAUCGUGAUGGGAAUUAUUUUUGCUUUGGUCACUGGGUAUUUGUUGUUACAAAAACAUGUUAAUGUUUAUUUAGAUGGUAUACAAGAAAGGAUCUUGGAUGUUAAAAAGGAAUAG